AUGAUGGCCUCUCCUAUCUCGCUGAAAGAUCUUCUCAAGGCCAUCAAUGGCUUCCUCGGCGACCCUUCUCUUCCCCUUCCCGACUCUCUCGUCGAAGCCAUCGCCGCCUUCUCCCGACGACGCGAGGAACAUGACGAUGCCGCCGCAGAUCAGCUUCAAGAGAGCCUGGUCGCCUUGUUCCAGAAGCGAAUCAAGGACGACUCUGUGACUGCCGGCCCGUGGAUCGCCAUUCUCCGACGACUGAUACCCGUUUUGCAGACACCACAGCGAAUAAUGCCUUGGUUCGAUGCCUUCAGAGGUCUUCUGGAUGGGCUAGACUUGGACCAAAAAGUCGCCGACGAAACAGUUGCCGCACUCAUGGACAUGGUGACCCACAUGGACGUGCUUCAGACGACAUGUGCUGGUGGUCCUUCUGCUGCCAGCCUCAUCAUCGACCGCUUAUUCGAAGUCUGGGCCACCCGCUUCUACGUGGCCUUGGUCGGUGGCGACAGAUGCUUCGAAAACAACGAGAGACUCAUCCGACGUGGUCUGUGCAACUUUGGAAAGAAACACCCCACCGAGCUUGUCGGCGUCAUAGAUAGUUACUUGGUGAAAAAGGCCUACCGAAAGUCGGCUUUGAGGAUUCUCUGCGACUUCAUCCAGGGUCAACCUCCGCACUUGCAUCAGGUCCUCAACACGUCAUUCUUUGCCAAUCUCCUGACCUGCCUACAGCAAGAUACCUCAACCACGGUCAUAUCCGCCGCAUUGACGGCCCUCAUAAUGCUUCUUCCGCACAUGCCCAGCUCCUUGGUGCCUCACCUCCCAGCCCUGUUCAACAUCUAUGGCCGCCUCCUGUUUUGGGACCGGGAGCGUUCGCGGCCGGCUCUACGCCCUGAUAGCGACGCUGGGGGGACUGAACCCGCCCCGGGAUGGGAACUGGCAAUAUUCGACCCCGACGUGGACGAUCUGAUCGUUCCCCGCCUUGGCAACUACUACACGAUCCUGUACGGCCUGUAUCCCAUCAAUUUCAUGGACUACAUUCGCAAACCACAGAGAUACAUGCGCCACGCCAACGCUGCCGACGCCGACCAACUCGAGGUUCAACCGACUGAGAUGAGGCAUCGAUCCGAAACUUUUGGACGGAAUCAUCUCCUUCACCCCAACUUUUACUCGCUUACCAUCGACUCGGAGAAGACUGACCUUGGUCGCUGGAUCAAGAGCGAAGCAGCCGAAGUGGUUGCCGAGUGCAUGGGCCUUUGCUUGGAGACGGACAUGCGCCAUUUCGCCGACCCAAGCGCUGCACCACUGCCGGGGACUGCCAUGGCAGACCACGCAGCCGCAAACUUGGACAGCCACGUUUUUAACGAGCCGACCGGCAAUGAUGCACCGUCGAGCGGCCCCGAUGGCCAGUACGACAGCUGGCGCAAUUUACACCCGACAGCCUCGGGCCCGGAGCCGAGCAAUCCAACUCCAACAACCAUGGUACGCCGACGAAGCUCACAGUCCAGCAUACCGUCACGUCGCGGCUCUGCCGGAGAUGGUCGGUCUCGGGUCAUGACGGGCAUAGAUAGCCCGACGUUGACGACGUCGCUCUCCCACCCUCAACUGCAGGAUCUCAUUCAAUCCAACAAGGCUAUCAAGUCAGGACUGCUGCAUCAAUCUCUGGCCAACGACAGCGUUCCUUCACUUGCCCUGAGCCACCAGGAUUCUGCGGCCGAACAGGCUGCUCCUGUUUGCGCGUCUUGCACGAUGCCCCCAGCUCAACUGUCGUCCGAGUCUCCCUCGGCCAUGUCGGAGAUGCCUAGCCAGGUGUCGAAUCUGCAAAAGCAAAUCCUGAUUUUGCAAAACGACCUGAGUUUUGAACGUUAUCUCAAGCAACAGCACAUGGCGCAUAUCGGUGACCUCCGUCGCAAGCAGAUGGCAGAGGCCGCCACCGAAGCGGAGACGCAAAACCUCAUCAUGAUGAACCGUAACCUCAAGAGCCGAUUCGAGGAGGCUAAGAAGUCCGAGAUGCAGGCCAAGAAGGAGUCCGAGAAGAGUCGCGCCAUGGCCAAAAAGUGGGAGGCCGACCUGGCCAACAAGUUCAAGGCGUUGCGGGAGGAAUCCAAAAGGACACACGCAGACUUGGAGGCGUUGCAGAAGGAGCUGCAGGAGAGGAAACAGGAGUGCGAAAAACUCCGAAAGCUCCUCUGCGACGCCGAAGUCAAAGAAUUAACCCUGCAGCAAAAUAUGCAGUCGCUCGCGAUGGACGGCACUCAGGUAGAGUCGCUCAAAGCCGAGGUGGAAAGGCUCAGGCGAUCCGAAAGAGACCACCAGGCGAGGGAGCUCGAACGACAAAGCGCCAUUCAUUCAGCCGCCGAAGUCGAGAAUCAGGUUGCGGGAUUGGAGAUGAAACUGGCGGCUUUGGACUACGAUGCAGCCCGCACAAAGAAGCUGUUUCAGUCGCAAAUCGAAGCCCUACAGGCGCAACUGUCCGAGGCGCGGGAUGAGCGUGAGCGACCCGGCGCCAACGCAAACAUUGCGGUGGAGGAUGCUUUGGCAGCAAGUCGAGCCAAGCAGGCCGAGCUACAGAAACAAUACUCGCUGCUGAUGCGCAAGUACACGGUAUUGCAAUCCUCAUUGCUGGACAUGCAGUCGGAGCAGAUGGCGGACUCGAAGCCAUCCCGCCCUCCUGGUUCACCCCCGCAACAGCAACGACCUUCGUCAUCCGAUGGCGAGCAUCCAUCAUCACUGCCGAGCAGUCCAGUGGUGGUCAAGUCGCAACCUCACAAAGCGCUGUCCAACGCCCAAGCCACAGGUCACCACCAACACCACCAUCACACGGCUUGUUCGGUCGGCUCACAGUCGGGAGGGUCUGUGACCAGUGGCGCUCUCGCGCAAGUCAGCAGCAAAAGCAGACAGGGUGGUGAGGGGCCCGGAUCUACGCCGAAUCCCACAGCUCCAGAUCAGCGACACCUUGGGGGGUUCCAGCGACUGCGCAGAGAGCCACGAGACAAGAACAAAGACGACGGCAGCGGGGUGUCGGGGAAAGCCAAGAAGGAGAAGAAGUGUUCAGGACUGAAGGGCAUUCGAGGAUUCGUGUAA